AUGAAGAGUAACGGCAUCCAGCAUCGAUUCGACCCGACUUUCGGUCACGGUUACGGCCACGGUUACGGGGGUUACGGCUACGAUCGUAAUCGCGGCAUUCCACAAGAGGACGACAUUAUCCCGACCUGCUUGGUCCCGGCAGCAAGACAGUCGCUCUCGGCGCUGGACGAGAAGCGUGCCAACGAGAUUCGGCGAGGAGUGUACGCACACGUUUUCCUCGACGUCAAAAAUAGCAACAAAUCAGAAGAAGUCUUGUAA